AUGGUUGUGUAUGUACGGCAGGAGAAGCUAGACGCGGUGGAGGAGCGCCUGAAGCGCGAGGGCGAAGUGGGGGGUGCGGGUGGUGUAUGGGAGGGCGUGGGUGCGGGCGAGUCGGCGGGUGCGCUGGAGGCGCGGCUAGCGCGCGCGCUCGGUGUGCUGACAGACGUGCAGCGCGCCGCCGCCGCGCCGCACGCGCACGCGCACGCACAGCGCCCCGCAGACCCGGACGCCGUGCGCGCGGACCUGCGUCGAUGUCUGAAAUUCUACCGCACGCUGAGCGAAAUAAAAUCGGAAGUCGAAUCGAUAAUCAAAACUGGUCGCAAGAUGGUCGAGGAGGGGGCGGUUGCCGAGCCGCAGGAGUUCUCGAAGAGGAUCGACGGCCUGAAGGAGCUGUACAACAAGCUAGGCGCUCAGAUCACCGAGUCGAAGUCGAGGCUCGAGAGUGCUUUGUUGACGGCUCGCGAGAUACAGAACGACCUGCAGUCGCUGAGGGGCUGGCUGGACGGGCUCACGAACGACGUCGGGCGGCAGGCGCUCGAGCUGGAGAUGUCCCGCAUGGAGGCGAUCAAGGACAAGCUGACCGCGAACUACGCGGAGCUGUGCAAGUGCUGCGAGCCGGAGUACCUGACUACGCUCCGUGAGCAGAUAGACGACGUGAACGCGCGGUGGACGAGGCUGCGGACUGGUGCCGGGGGCGAGGGGGAGGGCGCGGCGCUGAGACGCUGGCUGCGUGGCGUGCGUCGCCAGUUGCCCUCCUCCGCCUCCCCCUCCCACGCCCUCUCGCGGCUGCGCUCGCUGCGGACCGAGCUGCAGGGUCGGGCGGCGUUGGUCGCUGCUUCCGCAGCCACAGACCCACACCUCGCCGACCUCUGGAAGGAUACCCUCGACACGAUCGACAAGCUCGCGCAAGAGGCGGCCGGUGACAGAGACAAUAACGCUAUCGUUGAAUACGAAAAUGUAACGGACACUAUAAAAAGACGCUUAGAAAGCCCGGUUGAUACACCUGAAACUGAAAAGCCCGAAUUGAAAAGAUCAAAAAUACCAUUAGCUCUUAAAAGUCCUUUACCCAUUAAAAAAGAAAUUAAAGACGGGGGAAAUAGACGUAGGGGUUCCUCUUUAGAGAGAAGGAAGAAUAAUGUCGAUAGCUCUACGUCCGGCAGUAUCACUAGUGACAGUAUUGCUAGUUUAAUGUCGGUCGAUUCCAUCGAGGCGUCAACUUCAUUAACGAGCUCUUUACCGUCAACGCCGGAGACUCCUAAAAAAGACAGUAGUACCUUCAACCUACUUAAAGACAGUGAUCUUUUUACACAAAUAUCAAAUAAUCAAAUGAAAACAAAUAAGCCGAUGUCCGAGAACUCUGAACCAAAGGCAGAUCCAUAUCACGUUGUUGAAGUGAAGGAGCAUGAGAUUAUAAAAUCAACUGUUUAUCCCGUUGAACUGAGAGAAAUUUACCCUUCUGAAGCAAUUGAAACCGUGGUUGAGUUUAUACCACAAACAGUUGAAACAGUUGAGAUUAUCGAUGAUACGGAAGGCGAGUCGGUUGGUGAUUCCGAUAAUGAUGAUGAACAAGUUUCAGUGGACUUGGGUUCUGAACCGAAGACUUUCGUCGUGGAGGUGACAAAGCUAGAAGAACGAAUGAAGCCAACUCUUGGCAUUUUAAAAAGGAGAACUCCCGGUGAUGAUAAUCCCAAACCGAUGAAAGUUACCAUGAAUGUACCAGACUUAAUAUCAACUGUCAAAAAUAAUAAUGACGACGACGUGUCUAUGAGGACACCGCCGCCUACGCCAAUGUGUGGAGCGGAUGAUAUAGAAUGUCCCUUAUUAUAUGAUCUGUCCGUGAGACAAAUGGAAGCGCAUAAGAAUCUGAUGCGAGACGAAGUCAACGAAUAUCUUAUUUUAGAUGAAGUGCUGAAAGAUCAAGCGGCGCUUCCUGAACCGUCUGUUACCGAAGAAACAUUUGGUAACAAUAAAUCAGAAGUUAGUCAAAUGGCUAUUGACGCCGAACCUAAAUCAAUAAAAAACGGCGCGUUGGAUCGCACCGACAGGAAGUCAGCAGACAGCGCAGAGGUUGAAGCCAUAUACUCGGAAGUGGCAGACACCACACCACAGACACGUGUUACUUCAACCUCUGAAUUUGACGAUAAACAGCCGUUAUCGACGUCGACGCCGAUCAAAGAAGACGACAAAAUCAGGCUGGUGCAAGUGGUCGCUAUGUCGCCCAAACUACUCGGCACUAAAGAGCACGAGAAUAACGACGAACCCUCUACUCCACCGCCUAAGAGAGAUUCAAGAUCUUCCGCUAGCCCAAUUCUAGGGAACAAGUCUUACAUUCCAGUAUCUAAAGACAGAUCCAAGAAUAUUACUAAUGAGAAAUAUCAAAAGAAUGAUGAAUUUGAUCAGGAAUCAAGAACAGAGAGCACUGACAGCACGGAGAGUGUACCUGCGGCGCCGUCGCUGCAAAGCCUGUUCCCCGAGGCGUGCGCUGCCGACCCCGAGCUGGCGCGCUUCGAGCAGCAGGCGCUGAAUGUGGCACGCCGCAUGCACGUGAUGCUGCUCACCGUGCGCGGGGUGGCCAGCGAGCGCGACCCCGCCAAGCGCCUCGAGAUAUUGAAGAAUCAGCUGGGUUCGGUGGCUCCGGACGCAGCUGCGCUCAUUUCCCGCGGCGACAGCCUGGUCUACGCCAAGCACAAGGAGAACCCGCAGCUGGCGGAGUACUUGCGGACCCACUUCCAGGACGAAUUACGCAGCGAAUGGUCGUCGGUGAUGGCGGAGAUUGAGUCGAAGCGUAACGCCGCAAUGAAGGCCGAGGACGACGUGAAGGAGUUAACUACGCUGACGGAGCGGCUGCAGGAAUGGGCGCUGGAGUGCGAGGGGCGCGUGGCGGGGGAGGCGGGAAAGGUGCGUGCGGAGGCGGAGGCGCGCGAGGCUGCGGCGGCGCGCGUGUGCGAGCUGGCGCGGACGCUGCGCGUGGCGCGCGUGGCUUUCCCCGAGCGACGCGCCGCUGCCGCCGCCGCCGCGCCGCGCCGCCUGCGCGAGCUGUGCGCCGCGCACGCCGCCGACGCCACGCACAUACACACGGAGAACACGGAGGCAAGUGCACACGAGCUGUUGCGGCGCACGCAGCAGACGCAGGAGCAGCUGGCGGCGGCCGCGGCACGCCUGCGAGCUGCUCCGCUUGCUGGCCCGGACUACGACGAGUUCCCGCUGCAGGAGGACGCGCUCGCGAAUGUAAAGACGUCGAUGUCCGAAGUGAAAGUGAGUAUGGAGGCGCUGGAAAGGGAAUACUCGUGGCUGACGCGCCGCAGCCGCGCCGAGCACCUGCAGCAGCUGGAGCCGCUGCGGCGCGUGCGCGACCAGCUGCAAGACGACUGGAUCGCACUGCAGGACGCAUACCAGGACCGGUACGAAAGGUGGCGCACGUGCCAGGAGACGUGGGCGGCGCUGUACCGCGCGCUGGAGGGGGCCGGCUGCUGGUUGGACGACGCGGAGCGGACGCUCGACCGCUUGGCUGCUGCACCAGAUGGCCGCGAUCUGAACGACCUCGACGGACAGAUGAAGGAACGCUCGGCGGCGCUGGAGGUGGCGGCGGAGCGCGCGCGCGGCGUGCUGGCGGCGUGCGGCGCGCGCCUGGCGCACGAGCUGGGCGCACAGCUGCAGCCGCUGCGGAGCAGCGCGCCGCCGCCGCGCGCGCGCGCCUCCGGCAGCUGCAGCAGCCUCAGCCGCAGCCCGCCGCCGUCCUGGCGCGCGUGCGCGACCUGCUGCACAACACCAGCGCCAACCCCUCCGACCACACCAGCCUCUCUAUACGGCUUAGCCUCGUCAAGGUGGUCUGUUAAUUGGUUUGUUGAUGUGAUGUGUUAUUGCGAGCGUGCUUGUGUGCAGGCGCGCGCGCAGCUGGGCGAGCACGCGCGCUACGUAGCGGAGCGGCUGGCGGCGCUGUCGCAGCUGCGCGAGCGCAUGGACGCCGCGCUGCGCACGCUCGCCGCCGCGCACACGCAGGAGGAGGUGCAGCGGCACGAGGCGGAGGUGCGCGCGUUGCUGGAGCGCUGCGGCGAGCUGGAGCGCGCGUGCGGGCGGCUGGGCGUGGCGGCCGACGUGCGCGAGCGCGCCGCGCGCCUGCAGCGCGAGUGGGACGCGGCCCGCCGCCGCGCGCGCGAACCCACGGCCGCGAGCGACUUCCCCACCCCCACGGUCAACACCGCGUCUCCGGUUUCGAUCCGCGACCAUGACUCCCCAGUUGCCCGCGAAUCGUCGGUCAAAAGCAAGUCUGUUUCCGUCCACGAGUCCCCUAAACUCAACGGCGAAUUGAAGAAAGAGAGAGCGGAGAAUCAACAGGAGAUGGAGAAGCAGCAAAAGCCAGAGAGCCGGCGCAGUUCCGCGGACAGCCAGGCCAGCGAGAGGAGCCAGUACUCGAGGCGCCGAUCGUGGCAGCAGCAGCCCAGCGGCGCUCUGCUGGCCAACUUUGACACCAGCGUCCAACAGAUCCGAGACUGGGUGUCUGUGGAGGUGGACAUGCUGCGCGCGCAGUCGGUCGCCGUUGGCGAUGUGGAUGACAUCAUGCAACAGCUGGACAAGCAGAAGGGUGUGCUGCGUGAGCUGGAACAGAAGAAGCCGCAGCUGGACGAACUACUGCACACCGCUGAGAGCCUCAAGGGUACGGAGAACCGGCAACAGCUGCAUUGCAAAGGUUAG